GAGGGCGAGGGAAAGAAGGAAGAAGGUGGAUGAAGAAAAGAUCAGCCAUCUUCGUGAGGUCGAAAGCUGCAGUGCAGGGAUGCCAAGACAUUGCUCAGCAGGCGGCUGCAAAUCUCGGGACAAUCGUGAGACUCGGAAUGCUGGUAUCACCUUUCACAAAUUACCAAAAGGAGGAACUCGGAGGAACCUUUGGAUCACCAACUCCCAUCGGGCAGACUCCUGGGAUCCUCAGACUGACUUUGUCUACUUUUGCUCCAAACACUUCACUCCAGAGAGUUUUGAACUGACUGGGUGCAGUGGGAUCAGAAGACUGAAGGAAGAUGCAUUCCCUACAGUAUUUGAUUCCUCUUCAACGACCAAAUGCAAAAGACCAGAAACACUGCAGAAACAAGAGGACAUUCCUGUCAGGAAGAAUUCCCACUCAGGCGACCAGGAGAACGUUCAGCAGGAGACAGACAAGGGUCGACCUUCAGAAGAGCCCACAGUUCAGAGGUCAGUGGUGGCAGCUGAGGACACUCGUGCAUCUUCUCAAGAGCCAUCAGGGGUGGAGCAGCUCUCACAGCGAGAACGUAGUCCUUCACCACCACCAGCGUCUCGUCCCCUCUCCCCAUCACGUUACAUGAGGCGCCUGCCCCCUCCUCCAGGCUUCUACCUGUCGAAGGAACACAGCUACGCUCAGCUCUGCCCCCUGUUGUGGAGGAGACGUUAUGACCAAGCUAUCGACUGCUUGGAGAAGGCCCUGCGACAGCUGCACGCAGCCAGGCGGAGGGAGAACCGCCUGCGGAGCACUGUGCUGAGGCUCCGUGAUAAACGGCUGAAGCAGGCUCUGCUUGUGUCACGAGAUGGUUGUAAAAACAGGGGGAGCUGGACACCAGGGGGGGAGAAGAGAGGAGGCAAAGAAGGCUGCAGCCAGGAGGAGAGUGAGACUGACGCUAAAUCUGAGGAUACAGGGGUGUUUGAGGACAGAUGUGUGGAUCAGAUGGAGUUGGGGGGUCAUUUUCUUCCAGACACCAGCAGCUGGUCUGAAGAAGAGAAGGCAUACUGUUUUUACUGCGGAAGAGGACAGAUGCAGGUUGGUGGUCGGGUAGCAUGCAGAGGUUCAAAGACUGGGAAAGGUGUCCAGCAUGAGCAUAAGGACUCUGUGAAGAUUCAGAGAAGUGUUGAAACCAGCACUUGUAGCACAGCUGAAAAUGCCAAAAACAUACAGAAAAGUGUAGAAGGCAGUGACUCCGAUGGAACAAAUUCCGAAGUCCGGCUCCAAACUCAAAGUCUUCAACACGUGAUCCCUGCUGGAGUGACCGAUACCCAUGAGCAGAGUUUGCAGCUUUUAGGCUCUCAACAGAAGCUGCUGCUCUCUGAUGUGUGUGAAGGGGACAGUGAAGCAAUGGGUCAGGAGCACCAUGUGGACCUGCAGCAGCUGUUUUGGAUACAGGACAGCGCUGAGGGACAGGUCAUUCUGGUGCCUGUCCCUGCUGAAGACGGAUUACAAAGCGGAGUUGCUCGCGGAGCACAAACCAUACUGGUGUCAGAAGUGGGUCUUAAAGGACAUAUGGGACACAUGACGGAGAACAGUGGAGGUCUGUCUGGAGAUGAGACAGCCUGUGAUGGAGUGCAUAGUGACCAGCAUUCUGCUACCAACGCUGCAUCAGUGGAAAUUAGAGAAGAUGUGAGGGAGAAACUUAAAGAACACCUGGAGGGAUUUCACCUUCAGCUGAGCACUGAGUUUAUAAACUGACAGGAUGCUGUAGAAGCCAAUUUCCGCCAAUGUUACAGAAAAAAAAGAUUCUGUUGGUCAUUAUAAUGAGAAACGUCUCAUAUUGAGUGGGAGUGCUGCAGCCUGCAGCCAUGAAACGGGCUAUAAUUGUUGUGGGCAAUUGCACAUGAUUAAUUACGUCCAUUGAAUGUGCUUGAUUUCGCUAGCUAAAUAAAGGUCCAGUAUGUAGGAUUAAGUGACAAUUUCUGACAAUAUAUCCUCCUAAAUCUUACACACUGGACCUGUUUAAGUCUGACAAGAGUAUGGAAAGGACCCAACAAAAAUCUACGUUUUCUGUUCCUUUCGCCUGAAGGAAGUGAAAUCUCCAGUGUCACAGCACCCACAGGAACACCAUCCUUCUCCUGAGCUGGUUCACCCUCAUCUCCUUUUCCGCUCUUGUAUGAGCUCUUUUUCCUUUUUUUUAAAAUCCAAAAAUCUAGUAUUAGGAAAACGGCCAUACUGUAAACAUACCACCUUAUCCAUAAAAUCUGUAAAAACAAAACAAGUUUAUUUUUUAUGCAACCAGAACAGUGAGAUCUUCAGUUGUAUUUAUCACAAUCCCUGUAACAUCCAACAUCAUAGCCCUCAGUUUAUGUUUACAAUGCUGCUAUCUAGCAGUUUGGGGCUUUUAAGCAGUAAUACUAUAUCACAAAACAAAAUAUGGCGAUACUCAAGCGUAUCGAUAUGGUCUUACAUUCUAUAAGGUGUGUAGAAAAAUACCCUUUCAGAAUCAACUCGGUAAGCAGUCACAUGUUUUUCUUGAGCAACAAAUCUUUUUGAGAAGCUUUAGAGAUGUAUUUGGUCACUGUAGAUAGGUGCAGAUCAAUGGAUAAAUGGGUGCUUUUGUGUGUAGAGCCAAACCCACUGUAUCCCACUAAGUAUUGUGUGUGCAUCAAAGCCUGAUAUAUCUUAUUCCUCUGUGUCAUAGAGCUCCAUUGUUGCUUUUGAGCCACACUGUUACACUGGGUGAGAUGUUCCUUCAUUACCAUAAGGGAAUGUAUGUCACUGUCUGUCAGAAAUGGCCCCUAAUGUGGAUUCAUCCACCGCUGAAAAUAGUCCCCCAACAAAUGCACUAUUUCCUCCAGUUUGAGUAAUUUUUGUUAAAAACUACAGUGACUAUUGGCUAUUUUACUCUAAAUUACAUUUUUAAAUGGAACAGUAUAUUUGUGAGGUGUUUUUAAAGGAUUUAAGUCUUCAGUAGGAGCCAAUGGGCGUGGAGCUGAGCCACAGACAGGGUGGGGAAGUAUUGAGAUGCACUAACACACUGUUGGUUUUGGACAUAGAAUAACACAAGAAUGAUGCUUUUAUUGGAAAAUCAAACUUGUUAAAGACACAACUGGUUAAGAAAUAAAACACACAUAAAAAGAGAAUUUUCGACGUUGAAAUAAAAGGAUAAUUACCUUUUUGACUUAA